UUUUAGUGUUGCCGCAUCACUCCUCUCACUGAGACUCAACACAGGACCAUUGCUCCUGACUCCAUCUGACGAAGGUCUUUUUCACCUGACGGUCUCUCCGUAACCUCUACAAUGGCUGACGCUGCUGCAUCCCCUGCUCCUGCCAAGAAGGCCACCAAGGCAAAGAAGCCUGCUGCCAAACCUACUCAUCCUGCCUAUGCUGUGAUGAUUGCUGCUGCCCUGAAAUCCCUGAAGGAGCGAAGUGGGUCAUCCCGUCAGGCUAUUCUGAAGUAUAUCGUCGCUAACUACAAGGUUGGAGAUGAGAAGAAGGCUGGUGUCCGUCUCAAGCUGGCCCUGAAGAAGGGAGACUCCGGCGCCCUGAAGCAGGUCAAGGGAGCUGGUGCAUCAGGUUCUUUCAAGCUUGCCAAGGAUGACAUCAAGCCUGUCGCCAAGAAGCCAGCCGCUAAGAAAGCUGCCGCCAAGAAGCCAGCUGCUAAGAAAGUUGCGAAGAAGCCCGCUGCUAAGAAGGCCGCCGCCAAGAAGCCCGCUGCUAAGAAGGCCGCCAAGAAGCCCGCUGCUAAGAAGGCCGCCAAGAAGCCCGCUGUCAAGAAAGCCGCUAAGAAGCCUGCUGCCAAGAAGCCCACGCCAAAGAAGGCCGCCAAGAAGCCCGCAAAGAAGUAAACCGACCUGAUACAAAGCCUUAGGUUUAAGUGCAUCUCUAGGUGCGACAUACAUACUUCUGUAAGAAGUGUUUACUUUUAAGUAAAUUUUUAUAUUGUACCUGAUGUUCUCAUAUACAAGAUAUCUCCUGUGUAAAUAGUUAAUUAUAUUAUAUAUAGAUUUUUA